UGAGCUGUGCCAGAAGAAUAAGAAUAAAUAACAAGAAGAAGAGUUGACGAAUUUCAUGUUCUAUCUUACUUCUUUUUAGUUUGGUAGCUUCCAAGAUAAGAGCGUCAAGAUGUUGAUGCCAAAAAAGAACAGAGUUGCUAUCUAUGAAUACCUUUUCAAAGAAGGUGUUAUGGUUGCCAAGAAGGAUUACCAUGCUCCCAAACAUCCUGAACUGGAAAGUAUUCCUAACUUGCAAGUUAUCAAAGCCUUGCAGUCCCUCAAAUCCAAGGGAUAUGUGAAGGAGCAGUUUGCCUGGAGGCAUUAUUAUUGGUAUUUGACAAACCCUGGCAUAGAGUACCUGAGGACAUUCUUACAUCUUCCCCCUGAAAUUGUCCCGUCCACCCUCAAGAGGCCUGCACGUACAGAGACAACUAGACCACGGCCCACUGCUCUCAGGUCAGAAACUUCCAAGCCUUCAGAGGAUCGUGCUGGGUAUAGAAGGACUCCUGGAGGUCCAGGAGCAGACAAGAAGGCCGAUGUUGGGCCAGGAACUGGUGACGUUGAAUUCAGGCAAGGAUUCGGACGUGGUAGGGCUCCACAGUAAUCUUGUAAUUUUUUAUUACUAAGCAAAUAAAAAUGUUUGAGAUGUAA